UUAUAUUGUUUAUUAUAUUACCAUCUGAUACAUCUGUAACAGAUGUUUUGAUGACAGCCCAACCUUCACCAACAUUCUUUCCAAAAUGCGGUCAGCCACUGUGCUUGAAUCUUCUAUCGUCUUCCUUUGCCAAAUGGUGCACAGCAGCAGGGACUUCCUGUCAUUCACAUGUAGCAGCAAGGGCAGGAAAGAAGUCUUCAGGGGGGAUUAACCUGUAUUGUUACCCAGCAUGUUCUUUCUGGGUGGUCUAGCAUCAGAGUCAUGGGCUCAUGGUUGAGCGAUGUCCUGUUCCAACCUUGGCUGGGACAGUGACCGUCCUGGUUUUCCUGAGUCCCUUCAGGGAAAUGCCAGGAUAGGUUAGGCCAUUAUUAUUUCCUUCCAGAUUCAUAUAUGUGAGUCACCAUUUGAUGCUAUGUAGCCUUGAGACAGACAGAGCUGCAAAGUAACCCAGGAGGGUCUAUUACAAGUUGUGUCAGAUGCUAAUAUAAUAAAAAUGAUAAUUGUGAUUAAUGCAGCAGGCAUGAAAGAAAAUAUUAAAAUAAUUUUGUUUUAAAUAUCUUGGGACUUACAAGGUUAAAUUUUGUUCUUAUUCCAUUGUCUUUAUAGUCUAUUUGUUUUCAUAUUUAAUGUAUCAAUUUGUGUGCUGCCUCCACCUUGAGGUGACAUCACCUUGCUGUGUGCUGAAUGUAUGUACAUACCAGUGUCAUGUCCCAAGUAGUUCAAAAAUAAACCCAUCCAUUGUCCCAACUCUGUCCUUCUGCAGGACACAUCAUGAAGGAUCCUUGCAGUCUUAUGACCUUUUUCAGGGGUAGGUUGAGUUCCUGAGAGAAUAAGAGGGAGCAAGUAACAUGAAAAUUGAGAAUAUUACAGUAAGGAUAUUUACAAUUUGUAUUCACUUGCUGUUCUUUGGGUGAUGUAAUCAGUAAUGACCACACCUAGCAAGUUGUUUCAAACAGUAAUUAUUCUGUGUUCUUGAGAUUCAAAUCUUAACUUGGUUGCUGGCUACUCAGACAAGAUUUUCACAGCUUCCCUCAGUCUGUCCAGGUGAAAGCCAUGAUAUGACCUCAGAUUAGAUCAUGAUGACUUCCUUCCACAUCUUUUACAGUUCAUUAUUCACUAAUGAUCCUAAUGUUUGACACUGCACUUACAAGGUGUUCACCGUGUUGUUAAGUGAACCAUAAAUAAAUGAAAUCAGGGUGUGAUGGGUGGGACAUGUAGCACAUCCAUGGAGAAAACAAGAACAAACAGAAAGUAUUUAGAGACCUAGAUGGUAGUAUAAUGUUAAGAAUGUAUGUCAGGGAAAUAAGGUAUGAAGAUGUGAACUUCGCUGAACUGGCUUAGUGAAGGUUCCGUUGGCAUGCUUUUGUGAUGAACAUUUGAGUUCUGGGGUUCCAUUACAGUGCAUCAACUGCCAAAGGGGGGCAGCCCUUGCACCAUGGAGAUGGAAGAAUAUUGUCAUUCAUUAUUGUAUAUAACUUUUGCAGGAAGGUGGUUAUCUGUUUCUCUUACACAUGGCAACUACUGCCAGAUGUCAGAUGGGUUUGCCAGAUCUGUUAGAUCCAGUGGUUCCCAAGGCUCAUCAAAUAUGAGUAAAAUAACUUGAGGCUUUGUAAUCUACAAACGUGAUUUGAAAUGUGAUUUAAUAUUUUUAGAAAUUGCUAAUGAAUUUUCAUUCACAUUUCUGUUAUCAGUGUAUUUUAGACAGUUUCCAGAAAAUGUUUCAUGACUGAAACUGAUGUAUUAGAUAAUUCUAAAUGACCAAAAUUAAAAGAAAAUCCAUAUGAUUCUGUCAGUACAGAGUUGAUGAAUGAUUGGUUCUUAGAUUAUUUAAUGUUGGUAUACCAACUGCAGGCAUUAUUAACAUUGAUGUACUGUUAUGAAUAAAAUGUAGGUAAGGAUGUGGAAGGUGGUGGCUUAUGUUGAGACAUUAUCUUAGGGUUUCUAUAGAGAGACUGAAAAGAGCCAUGAAGAACAUUAGGAUAGCCUGUAACCAUGUGAACUGGAGAGUCUGAGCAUGUGGCUAAAGCAUUUGCACUUGAUGGAAACCCUUGUGGCUCAAACACUUGGCAAAGCUACCUCAGGGAGGUCUAAUGCCAGAAUGUAAAUGAUGUAAUUGUAAAUAAAGGUGUUUGAGAGCAUGUGGAUGGAAUGUGAGGUUCACACAGUGGCAAGUAGUAAGAUCUGGUUGUCUGGAAUCUGAUGUUAUGUAGUUUUAAAAAACCUUUCUCUGUUUUUAGGGUAGAAGAGAAUUAUGUUGACAGGAUUAACCAAUUGGUCUUUGUAAUGGAGACUUUUCUGUGAGGUAGGAAUUGAAUAUAUAAUAUUUAGAUGGAUUUUAUAUAUCAGAGUGUUACAGUAAUUUUUGAAGGAUUCAAUUUGGAACACAAAAUAUUAUCCAAAGGGUGAAUCAGGAUUAUAACUCCCUUUACAUUGUAAAAUUGGGUUGCUUUUGUUUGGUCUUUUGUCUUAGUGGGAGGAGCUACAGUGCUCCUGGUGGUGGAAAAUAGCAUCACCAUGAGAGGGUGAAAGGGCAUUUGUGAUUUAGUCUUGAGGCAGAGAGUGAAAGAGGCACAUGGAUACAUUUACUCAGCGAAUGCUGAGAAGAGCAGCUUCAUUGAGAGAGAAGCAGAAAACACCAGAAUAUCGUGCUGCACUACUUAAAACGAGAUCCUUAAUAUUAAAGGCGGUCAACAUAGACUAUGAAGAUGUCAGUUGUGAGGCGCAAAGCAGUGAGGUCACAGGUCAGACAGGAGCUGUGUUGGUACACACCAGUCUGUCUUCCAACUCAUUAGAUCCAGGAGAAAAGCUAGACGUUACCAGCAAUGCCGAUAUGUGUACCACUGGGACAGCAUCAGAGGAUUACUGUGAAAAUGAUGUAGCUGUUUGUUCAUUGUUGUCUGAAGAGCAUGAUAAUUGUCUAGGGCAGUCUUGUAUGUUUCAUUUUGUAUCUGUACAUAGCACUUCACCUUCAAAGUCAUUGGAUCUAGUGUGUAAAGAGGAAACUUGUGGUAUUGUACAGACAUAUGAAUCACAGGAUGGCAGUGAAAAUGAAGCAACUGUUCCACCUUUCACGAAACUGAAUGAACAGUUUAGUUUAGAUAUAGUGACAGUAGCAGCAAGGGUCAAUCAAGAGCUACAGGCAGAUGUUGGAAUGCAUGGGUCAGUGCCUGAGGGGAAUGAUGACUCAGACUCCACUGCCUUCUUCUCACCAUGCACUCUGCUCACUUCCCCUGUGCCCACAGAGCACCAAGAACCGAACAGCACAAGAAUAUCAUCAGAUGCAGAUAAAAAAGUCAUCCUCAAGGUAGCGAAUCAGCUGUCGUUAGCACACGAGGUGUGUGAAGUGGAGGGGGAUGCAGAACACUGCACAGAGCAGCUGAGUGGCAACUCAUAUGACAUAGAGUCAUUCUUGAUAGAGGCACUAGGUGAUGAACAGCUGGCUUCUACACAGAGUGAGCCCAAAUUGUGUCACAGGAGCUCACUGCUGCCAUCAGAAGAGGGUGAGGGAGAUGGUUUGGAGUCACCAUUCCUCAGUGUCAGAAAGUACCGCACACUAGCACAACUUGCUAGACAGAAACUGAAGACUCCUCUGCCUACGAUACCCAUACUGAAGCCUGCGGAUACUGCUGCUGCUGCCACUUCUCUGGAAGAUGAACAGCAGAAGUACAAAGAGUCCUUGAGGCGAGAGCUGUAUACCCAGAAGGUCCUCAUGUUGCAGUGCAGCAAGGCACUGAGCAUCUGUAAGACCACAAGAGAGUUCCAUGCAUCUGUGGAGCAUGUUGAGGCUGAGCGUGGACUGCUGCUUUCAAGCUGUAGAUGUCAGGCUGCGCUUAAAGAGAUAGAGCAUGUUCAGGACAAGAGAACUGAGUGUGAAGUCAGUGAGCGGGGCACUGUGACUAUCAGCAGUAUCUCACUUUCUCUAAAGGAAGAAUCCUUGCACAUCAUAAAUUCAGAGGACUCUGUGUUCUGGUUUGUGUGUACUGCAUUGCAUGGGCAACAUGUGUUUGCAACACGGGCAACACAGAUCCAGAAGGACAACAGACUCAACUUCAUGGAGUCUUUUCGAUUUGUUGGCCUCCCUAAAGAUUUUGUGAUAACGCUGGAAGUGUACAGUCUGCGGCUGCGAAAAGUGACACUGCCUUAUGAGGAGCGGUACCACAUUGGGCGGCAGAGGCAUCACAUGUGUCCAGUUCCAUUUAAGUUACACCACAGGGACAUAGAACUUGACUUCUCACCAUACAUGAAGACUGUCAAGACCCAGUCUAUCCGCACCACAUCGUUCAGUCUGAUAGGCAGCCUGGACUUGAAACUGCCAGACCUACACCAACAGCCUGCCUGGGUCCUGAAUAAGGUUCCACUGUCAUCGCCACUCACCGGUGAUGUCACCAUGGUUCUGCACAGCUCUCUGGAGCUUUGGGUAGAGUACUCUGGAUUCCUGUCCAUGAUGGAAACUCUUGAAUUUUGGCAGAGACGCUGGUUCUGUCUUAGAGGUCACAUGGUUAGCUACUGGGACUAUCCUCAUGAUCAGAUUGAUAAGCCACCAGUGGGGGAAGUGGAUCUGCGCCUCAGUGUGUCACAGCAUGUUAGUCCUGUUGACAGGGCUGUGUGUCCAAGGCCUCGGACAUUGCUCCUGGAAAUGGGCAGGCAGUCAAAUGCAGAAGACUGCAACACACAGGACACAAUAACCAGGUACUUGUGGCAAGCUGACUCUACUGAGGAGCUGUCAGAGUGGUGUGCCAAGCUGACUGGUGUCCUGUGUGCUCUAAAGCAAUGGAAUAUCAGCACCAAGUGUGUCUAAACCUGAUUUUUAAGCGUUUUACAUUGAGGUGGAUGGGUGACACUCCAACAGCAAGUCCCUUGCUCUGGUGAGCUCUGUUCACCUUGAUUUAAUAUUUUAUGAGUUUUAGAAACUCACCUCCUCCACCAGAAUGAGGAGGUGAUGUUCAGAUGUACCAUUUCUCUAGUCAUGAAGUUGCUGCCAACAAAAGUUUGUUUCCUUGCUCUGAAUACAGGUGCCAGUACUUUAAUGAACAGGGCUUUACUGGGUAAGUCUUAAAAGUGUGUCUGUAGAUGGGGUCUGUGUUUUACAAAUUACUUCUAUAGCAAGAAGCAUAAUUUUUCCUGCCAGUUUGAGGAUAGGUUUUACCUUCGUGUGGAGGGACACACUUCUUUAUAUUUAUAUACGUAUAUAAUACUUAUCUCAAUAAAUAAUUGUAAUAACAGUU